AUGUCAUAUUGCAGACCAAUAGACUCUCAUAUGGAUCCUAAUUUAAAACUCUCACUUGGACAAGGGGAGCCACUGGCUGAUCUUAGAAGAUACCAAAGACUGGCUGAUAAACUUAAUUAUCUCACUGUCACACGACCUGGUAUUUCCUUUUCUAUUAGUGUUGUAAGUCAGUUCCUACAGUCUCUAUGUAAUAGUCAGUGGGAUGUAGUUGUUCAGAUUUUAAGGUAUAUAAAGGGUGCACAAGGCAAAGGCUUGUUAUAUGAAAACAGGGGUAAUUCACAUAUUGUUGGAUAUUCUGAUGUUGAUUGGGCAGGGUCUCCAUCUAGUAAACCUUCUACUUCGGGUUUUUGUGUUCUUAUUGGAGGAAACCUAAUGUCUUGGAAAAGUAAAAAGCAAGUCGUUGUUGCUCAAUCAAGUGCAGAAGCUAAAUAUCGUGCAAUGGCCUUAGCUACUUGUGAGCUCAUUUGGUUAAAGCAACUGAUCCAAGAGUUGAAAUUUGUAGAAGUGUCACAAAUAAAGUUACUCUGUGAUAAUCAAGUUGCUCUCCAUAUUGCCUCUAAUCCAGUAUUUCAUGAGAGGAUUAAGCACAUAGAAAUUGACCGUCAUUUUAUUCGGGAAAAAGUUCUAUAUAGAAAUUGA